AGGAAGAGAGAGGGAGGAAGAGAGAGGCUGCAGCCCACCACUACCAUGUCCCCAGGGGCCCCUUGCCUGCUUGCCUGCCUGCCCCUCCUGCUGCUCAGUACAGCUUUAGCUCAGCACCAGACCCCGACCAGCUGGGAUCUCAAGUCCGCCAGAGAGCCAAAAGAAGAGUCUGUGAAGCCUCCUCACCACUCUUUGUUCACUCUUCUUUAGGUGAACCACAAACUCCAGCUACAGCCGCAAAACCUCCCCAGUGGUGCUGAGACAAAAUCUACUUUUGGAGAUGGCCGUGGCACCGCGGGCCCUGGUGCUUCUCCUGCCCCUGGAGCUCGCCCUGCUGAGCCUGGCUCCGGCAUCCACCCUGGGAGGAUGUCCGUCGGCUUGCCGGUGCUCUUUCACCAUGCUGCAGUGCCUGGAGCCCAAUGGUAUAACCAGCAUCCCGCUGCUGGUACAGCAAGAGAGCGAGAACGUAACAGAGAUUUACAUUGAGAACCAAGCAGGCCUGGAGAACAUAACAGAAGUUGACCUUGCUUACUACAGAGAGCUGAAGAACCUCACAGUCACGUCAUGUAAGCUGAGGUUCAUCUCUGCCAAUGCCUUCCAGAACAACCUCAAGCUUCAGUAUGUAAACCUGGCAUCAAACUCUCUGGAGCACAUCAGCUGGAGGGUGUUUCAUUUCCUACCUCUGCUCAACCUGGUUUUAAGGGACAAUCCCCUGGUUUGCUCAUGUGACCUACACUGGCUGCAGAUGUGGCAGAGCAAUGAUCGUGGCGACCUGGACAGUCAAAUGUUGUUUUGUUCCUUGUCCAAUGACGAGGAAGUACCGCUCAAUUCUCUGGUGAUAGACAACUGCAGUCUGCCUGAAGUGACGAUUGUGCCCUUUCAAGACAAGAUCCAAGAAGGAGGCAACCUCACAUUUGAGUGCCACGUGACAGGAAAUCCCACUCCCAAUGUGAGAUGGCGAACUGAGGAACUCGCCUCCCACUUCUUCACCCAGGAGAGAAUCUGGGGUUCCACAUUAGAGCUGGUACUUUACCUCACCAACGUUUCCUCCAAGGACAACCUACACAACCUGACUUGUGAGGCGGACAACCAAGCUGGGCCCAGAGAGGGGAUGGUGCAAUUGGACAUUGAGUUUCCAGCCACAAUCCUCUUCCUGAGAGAUGCCGUGCAGCAGCACAACUGGUGUUUCCCCUUUGCUGUGGAUGGUAAUCCUGACCCGAACAUCACCUGGCUGUACAAUGGCGUCAUAUUCAAAGAGAACAGAUAUGCGUACACCCAACUGAUCCAAGACUCAGGCGACGGAUCAGUGAAACACGGCUGUCUCUUCCUCAACAAGCCGACCCACAUCAACAACGGCAACUACACUCUGGUGGUGUGGAACAGACUGGGAAGAGAUGAGGCCACUGCCAUUGGGCUUUUUAUGGACAACCCCUUUGAUCCGCUUGAUCCUGAGGGGCUAAUUCCAGUCCCUAUGGUUCCAAGUCCUACACACAAGGCUGACAUGGACGUCACAGAAAAUCCAGAGAGUCGGGUGUUUGUGGUGUCAGUGGCUGUGGGUCUGGCUGUAUUUGCAUGCACUUUCCUGCUCAUCAUGGUUUUGGUUAUCAACAAGUGUGGCCAGCACUCCAAGUUCGGUAUUCACCGCUCAUCAGUUUUGGGGACGGAGGAUGAUCUGGCUGUGUCGCUUCGUUUCAUGAACUUUGGAACGAGCCCUCCUUCCUCAGAUGAAGACUCUGGUUUGUCCAGCUUUGUGGAGAAUCCACAGUACUUCUGUGGCAUCAUCAAGGACAAAGACAUGUGCGUUCAGCACAUUAAAAGGCAGGACAUUGUGUUAAAGUGGGAGCUGGGUGAAGGAGCGUUUGGCAAAGUCUACCUGGCAGAGUGCGCUAACCUCAGCCCCGACAGCGACAAGAUGCUGGUCGCCAUCAAGACUCUGAAGGAUGCAAAUGAGUCAACUCGGCAGGACUUCCAGCGGGAGGCAGAGUUGCUGACGAUGCUCCAACACCAGCACAUUGUGCGAUUCUACGGCGUCUGUACAGACGGAGAGCCGCUGGCUAUGGUGUUCGAAUACAUGAGGCACGGAGACCUAAACCGAUUCCUUCGAGCCCACGGCCCUGAUGCUCGGAUCCUGGAGGAGUCCAAGAUGCCUCCACUAGGUCAGCUCACUCUGCCCCAGAUGCUGCACAUCGCCGCCCAGAUCGCCUCAGGAAUGGUCUACCUGGCAUCGCUGCACUUCGUCCACCGUGACCUGGCCACCCGAAACUGCCUGGUGGGGGAGGGUCUGGUGGUCAAAAUCGGAGACUUUGGCAUGUCUCGAGACAUCUACAGCACAGACUACUACCGGGUGGGUGGACGUACGAUGCUGCCGAUCCGCUGGAUGCCCCCGGAGAGCAUCAUGUACAGGAAAUUCACGACAGAGAGCGACAUCUGGAGCUUCGGCGUGGUCCUCUGGGAGAUCUUCACUUACGGCAAACAGCCCUGGUAUCAGCUGUCCAACAGUGAGGCCAUUGAAUGCAUCACACAGGGACGGGAGCUAGAGAGGCCACGUACCUGCCCCAAGGAGGUGUAUCUGCUGAUGCAGGGCUGCUGGCAGAGGGAGCCCCAGCAGAGGAUGGUCAUCAAGGACAUCCACAGCCGCCUGCUGGCCCUGGUCAAGAACCCACCGGUUUACCUGGAUAUCUUGGGCUAAAAGGGCCAACAGCCAACAGGGAGUGGAGAUCAGAGGCUGGGGAGGUUUCAAUUUGAGACUUAAGUCUGAUCAGAAUUAAAUCUUUCAACAAGUUCUCUUUUGGUUUACAGUCUGCUUUUCCUCGUAUCCAUUAAAACACCAGUAGAAAAGCUAGGAUGAAAUAAUCUCCCAGUCCUGCCGCUUUUCCAGCCUUGAUGCUUGACGGAAAGUACAAACAGUGACCUUCCCGCUUCAACUACACCAGACUCCACCUCGACCCCUGUUUACUGCCCCGUCGUUCUCUGGAAACCUGUCAAAUGUUUACCAAAGUGUUCAAUGUUUAUCUGAGGUAGGCUCGGCCUGACGGAGGAACAUGCAUGGGUAAGUGUUGAAGUAACAGUAUAUGGGCUUUAUGUUUGCUGGGAAUCCAAUUUCACAUGAUGGCUUGUCAGGGGAUUUUGCCUCUCAAGUCCCUGCAGAUGUUCAUGAGUUGAGCCGUGACACAUUUUAUAUGACUCUGCAGCCGACACUCGUGCUGAAAUCCAAUUAGAAAAUGAAACGGAUGAUUACAAUAGGGGGCACUCUACAUCAUGAAACACAAGUGAAAACACAUUUUACAGAUUUGGGUACAGCAGACAGUCAUUUGUAUAGUACAGUCACUGAUUUUGGAUAAGUUUUGAUAUGGAAGAUUAUUUAAAGGCUUUCAGUGAAUGUAUAUAAGAUAAUCGCAACAAAAGCUUGUUUGUUUCUCAGGUGUCAAAUCCGAUUCAAAUUACAUGAAUAUUUUUCAAAAAGAAGAAAAUGUCAAAUACUAAGCAGUGAAAGCGUUUCCUGGUAUGUUAUCUACUGUGUUUACAUGUACUUGCUGUUUGACCUGUGGCCUGCCUGUGAGGCUCACUCAGGAGUGGCUUCUGUACAAAUUAGUGAUGUUUAACAUGCUACUGUAACGACCUUCUGAAUCAAAGCGCUGCAGUGAAAUUUGGUACGUGGGGGCGGAGAGGGUGACACCCUUAGAUGGCUUUAGAGGUAACAGAUGGAUUAAAGUGAGACUCCAGGAGGAGAGGGACAGAUGGCACUGAAACAGAGACUGGAGGUGAGGCCACCACCUUGAAAAAAAGACAAAGGGGGCAUUGAGAGGGUAAAAGAGCCGGUGUACAAACCACUGCGAUGCCUUUAAGUGUAAAUACUGAAUGUACAUACUCUGUAUUAAUGUCCAAAAAAUUAUAUCUACAUGUAUUGUUACUCCAGCACUUUGUAUAUUGUCUGCCCUUAAAAAUAAACAAACUUGAUUAAAAAAUGGCUGCAGCCCGCAUAGGAACAUCCCUCGGCAUCAGUCAAUCCAUCGUUAUCGUAUGCUUCAGAGCAAACAAUGAUUUAGGCUGCUGUCUGUACUUAAAGUUAGACAUCUUAACAAGGCCAUUCAAGAGCCUUCUAUUAUUUUUGACGAACUAAUCAGCAACCUGCGACGUCUCCACGGGAUGCUCAGCAGACGGUUAUUGAAAGGAAUAAUCAAGUUUCAUAUUGCCUUACUGCCGGCCCUCCAGCAAACAAACACCCUCCAAAACCUCUCUCUCUCUUUUUCUGCCUCACCCCCUUCCUUCGCCACCUCCACCGCCCUCCCUCGCUCCAUCACUCUGUAUGCAGAGAGUCUCCAGGGAGUGGUAAUGGAUUGUGAGUAAUGCUAUCAUCCCUUUCUCUGUCUCUUUCUUUCUCUCUACCUCCUCUGGUGUACCGGGGGGAUGAAAAACACUCGGAGGACUCGUGUCUGGCUCAUUGUUUCUUCUAGUGUCUUACAAGCAGAUUCUGGCCAGAUAGGAUUAGUACACUCUGUAGUGUUUGUCCCUGUUAUCCUUAAGGGCUCCAUUUGUGGUUUCAGAAUGAGCCUUUUUAAUAAGCACCCGAGGCUCCUCCCUGGUUGGAUAUGGAAUAUGACUAUAAUAAGAGCUGGAAAUGAGGCCAUUUUUAAAAUGGAAGUCCUAUUAGAGGCUUCCAGCGGGAAACUUUCCUUUUCAGUCUUCCACCUCGUCAUAUAAUGCACACAUAGAGGGUAUUGAUUUUUUAUGCUAAUUAUUUCUUCUAUGAUAAUGGCAGUGGCGAUUCAUUUUGGUCUGCUGCUAAUAAUAAAGCACUCUGUCCUUUACAGUCAAUUCCGUAAGGCAAUAAAGGGGAGGAAGAGAACUAGUUUGAGUCAAACCAAAGCAGGUAACUGAGCUCAACUGCAUGUGCAAAUAGGUUUAAAUUCACAGUUCAUAUUAGGGUAAUACUAGGUAGUAUUUUAGUUAAAAAUGCAUCUGUGUUUUGUAAAAAGUCAUAUUUUAGCAAGAAAUUUGAUGGGAGUAGUAAUUUUUUCCCCCAUUUGGAGUACAGAUGCUGGCAUCAGUCUGUGCCCAACCAGCAUGUUCUCUUAGAGGCACCUCUUUAACAUCAGUGUUCAUUUAUAAAAGGGAUGUUGGAACACAUUUUAUCUCAAUCAAAAAAUUCAGCUCCUACAAUUUGGAUAUUGCAGUUGGCCAUAUUGCAAUUUUAAUGAUAAUUUUUUGAGUCCUAAUUGCAAACAAUUUGUCAGCACCAUCUAUCUGGUUUACACAAACUUUGAGUGUCCAUCAUUUAUCAAAAAACAAUAUAAAGACAAAACACACAAUAUACAAAGCUGAAGAGAAAUUACACGUGGCAUUUUUUAAAAGCAUACUUAUCUAUAGAUAUGGAGAUAAUACCUCAUAAGUCCAACAAACUUCACUGCACAAAAAUUCUACAUCAGCUCCUGAGUUUUCUAGAAUUUCAUUUUUGAGUCCUGUGUAAUUUUCUCAUGUUUUAACUCGACAUACUGGCCUUCAAUUCAAGACUUCCCGAAGCAAAAAGCAUUUGCUCAGUGAGCAAGUAAAACAAUCUGACACCACUGCUUCAGCAUUUAGCAGAAAAAUUAAAUUUGAAGGCCAAAUGUUGUAUUACAUUUCCUGUUAGGUUUUUUUUUCUUCACAUUUGUCACCUGAAGUCAUCCAACAGCUGGUUUUCUGGCAGAUAAUUCUUCACACUCUGUUGCAACACUGCACCUGCAGUUCAUUUCUUUACUAAUAAAGAGUGAUCAACAGAGUGAUGAGCUGCUCAGCCGGAGAGGACGAACGCUUGUUGUGUUGCUCUGCCCUCUGCUGGUGGCGCACACACAAUGAUCGCAUUCACACUGCUGGUGAAAGAAAGGAUGUGGGUCCAAUCCGUGUAUAUUUUGGUUAUUGGAUUUUCCGUUCUGAAACGGCUAUUGAAAAACAAAAAACGAGUGGUCAUUUGAUUUUCGUUUUAAAAUACAAAAAUUAAAAUUGAAAUACAAGGCGUUUUUCCUUUUCAUGAUUAAAAAGGGAUAUACGAAAUUUUAAAAAUGCUUUGAUUUUCAUUUUAUAUUUAGAAUAACAAAACAAAAUCAGUAAGAGACAGAAACGAGAAAAGGUCAGUUUUUUCAUUUUCUGAGACCGGAAGUGGUCAUCAGCAAGUGUGGAGCCAAACGACAACAAGAUUCUCAGAGGGCGGAGCCAGAGAGCAGUGACUGGUCAGACCAUAGAAGACAGCGUGCUAGCGUAUCUAGUCUUCUUUAUAUAUCUAUGGACGGACGUCUGGUAGCAUCUCUGACUGCUGUUGAACUUGAUUUAGAAUAAAACACGGUAAGAAGAUAAAUACUUCUAGCUGGCAGCCUUUCAUUUGUUGUACGUUAAGUCAUCGACUUGUGAAGAGUUGUGUUUUGUCGUGUUUGAGCAGUUGGUCCUGACACGUUAGCUAGCUAAGCGGCUAAGUUAGCUAGCGGGCUAAUUAACACAGGUGGCUAACUUACGGCUGAACACCUGUGUUAGUUGCUGCCACAGCUGUCCGGCAUUAUUAGAAUGAACUUCUCAACCUGUAUUUCUCUGCUGUAUAUUUUAGCUUUAAAAAAGUUAUUUUACUUUAAGGUUAACUGAAACCCGUUCAGCUGCACUGAAGUUUAAUAUUCAGCUGGUUUGAAUUAAACCGCGCUUAACAUUGCGCAACAUUACCUCUCUGAAUCUCCAUAAUUUCAUUAAAUUCCUUCUCUCUUCCACUGCUCAAGUUCAAUCCAGUAUAUAAAGUGACAUUAAUAGUGAAUAAACUAACAACCAGCCAUUGUAUUUAUUUAUUACUGCAUGUAUUUGUAGUAAAACAUGAGUUGAAACAUCCUACUUUUGGAUCUAGAACUGCACAAGCCGUUCAUUUUCAGUCACCUGAUGAGUUAAACUCCCCUUUUUAUGUGAGGUUGAAGCAGAAAGUCUGAGUUAACAAAAAAGUUGUUUAUAAUUUGCGAUACCUGUUAUCUCUGAAUGAGGCUUUAGUUUUUAUUGAGUCGAUUUACACGUAGAAACUUUGUUCAGGAAGAUUUCUCAGUAGCUCAGAGGACAGGCUGCUUUUCACACAACCUUGUAAGAGAAUGUCUGUCAAUGCUUUCAGCAGAAUUUAGAAACAACACUUCCAAAACAGACAUUUUGAGGUUGAAUGUUUGAGAGUAUAUCACUGUGUUUGUUUGUGGUCUUUCUGUUUCUAGGUGGAAGCUGAAUUAGUGAGGAUGACUCCUGCUCCUGUCAUCUCUAAGCUCCUCACACAUCUUUACCUGCAUAUGAGGAAAAUCACUCCUGUAGAAUGCAGUGGUUCAUCAGAACCUCUGGGGAUGUCCUGUGGAUUCUGUGGAUCCUGUGGGUUGCAGGGUGGGUCCUACCUAGACCAGGCUGAUCCUGGACCAUCCCACAGAUGCUCAGUCAGAUCUGGAUGUGGGGAGUGUGGAACCCAGAUGUUCAGAGGGAGAUGAUGCCACAUCUGGUCCAGCUGAUGGAAGGUCUUGAAGUUCUCUGACUGGCCUCGACUGAAGAUGGUCGUCUCACUGGAUUUAAGGUUCAGAUGCUCAGUAACAAACUCCACCAAUGAGCCAACAGGGAAGCUUUAGGUUUAUUAAAUGUUGCUAUGAAGGUAUCGCUGUUUUUCUUUGUGAAUGCAAUGUGCUCCAACUGAAACUUGAAUUAGAACUUAGAAGUAAAUCCUUCCAUCUGAAAAGAUUUAGUUGCAUUAAUAACCUCAUAACAUUCUAAUUUUUAUUCCAAUCUUGGUUGGAAAUAGAAUCUCUGUAUUGAUUCAGGUAAAAACUGAACUUCACAGCAUGUUGGAGCAAAACAACCAGAUGAAAACUGUGAUGGUGUUGGAUUGUCAGACUGUAAUGUUGCAGCUCAAAGCAGCUUUUCCAGCUCAGUUCAUUCUGACAUUCAGCUAUGAAUCAACACAGCAGAUGGUGAUUCAUGCUGUGGAAGUCUCACAUCUCCUGAUUUAAUGGAGCUGCUUUGCACUGUUUACACUGUUUAUUCACCAACACUUUAUUUAUUAAAAGCCCCAUCUAGUUUUUAUGAGGAAUGUGAUAUUUUAAUUUCUCUGUGAAUAAUUGCAGUCUAAUGGAACAGUUGGAUUUGUAAAAUCUGUCCUGAUAUUGAUCAUGAAAUAUUGAUCAGAAUACUUAUGGUUAACAGUCAUCCCUGAAGUUUUACAUUAAAAUCUUUACUUGUGUUGUGAACUUUGCUAAGAAGCAGAAAUUUAUACAUGAGUGUUAAAUUCUGUCCAUGUUUCCAUUUUGGGAAAUGCAGUCCAGCAGAUGAGUUUGUUUUUACAGACAGCUACCGUUCAGUCUGAGAUAUUAAGAAUAAACAAAUGUGCAUAAUGUGGAAAUGAACAGAUUUUAUUUUUAUUUAUUCCUACAGCUGCUGUAGGUAAAAUUCCAGAAUGUGGAGGAAUUUAGUCUCUCAAUCACAGACAAUAUUAUCUGAAAGUCGGGUUAUUGUUGUUUAUCAGCACAAUACAAAAAGAUUCAUGUUAGACAUAUUCCAGUUAAGACUCUAGAAUAUCAAGAUUUAUGUAAAUUUAUCUCAAUAAUAUAAAUGUUCAGGUUAAGAUUGUGCAAUGAUAUUUAUUAUGUAAUUUUAGCUGAUUAAAGUUUAUGGUUCUGCACUACAAUAUUAUUUAUUAUUUAAAUUGACAUCAUUAUUAUAAUAUUUAGGGUCAGACCCUACAGUAUUGAGAUUAAGAAAUCAAAUCUUCUAUAAAAUGUAAAUACACUGAACUCAUUUGGAUAUAUUUAAGUGAGACUCUACAAUAUUAUUUGACACAAAUCUAUCUAAAUCAACAUUUUGAUAAUUUUUACUCCAAACAUUUACUGGACUGAUUUAAAUAUUAAAAUCACUCCUUUCUAAUCCUCUGCUGUUUGUUCAAACCUGAGGUCUUAAAUAGAAACACGCAAGUAUCUGUUUGAAGGAACUUCUGCAGAAUCCUGGUUCCAGAACAUGAUAGAAUUAUAGACAAACUUUAACAAAAGCUGCCUGAGAGUUUACAGGUUUUUAUGUUAGAUUUCUUCAGUAAUUUAAUGAGCGUUAUCAGCAAAAAUCAAGUGUUCAUUUGAUGAACUUCAUUUCCUAAAACAUCCAGAAUUGGAGCUCAUAUCUUUGGCAGCUGUAAAGUUUCUGCUCCUUCAAAGUUCACAACACAAUGAAUUAAUUCCUAAAACACUCUCAAUGCUGGAGAGCAUUUGUGAUGCUGAAGCAGUGACCAGUUUUUCUGUUUCUUCUCUGGAGAUGCACGAGGGACGUCUGCAGAGACUGAGAAAGAGUCUCACCACAUCCUGACAUGAGGAAAAAGACUUUAUUGAAGACUACAAUGAGAAAAACUAUCCAGACAGCAGACGUCAUGCAUUCAAGGUGAGCUCUGAACAUUAGAUCUGGAACAGGAAUUCAAUAACGGCAGCAUGAGCUUCAUUUCAGACUGUAGCUGCUGAAUUCAUGGAUGAAUCAUCUGGCACUAGAAAGGAAGACCAUCAAACAUCCACAUCAGCUGAUGGAGGUCCAAGAGUCUCACCGAACAAACAACCUACAGAGUGAAGACCUCGAAUCUGAUUGGACGGCCUCCUAUUCAGCCACGUGUGAACAAAUGCCUCUAAGUUGAUUUGUUUUCUAAAAUAAAUCUAGUUUGAGUCCUAAUCUA